CUUCGUCAGUUGUCAGUUUUGUUUGGGCAAUUGGGCUUGGGCUUUGCCCUUUGGGCUUAGCAGCUGCAGCUGGCUUCUCCUUCGCCGGGGCAGCAGCAGCGACAGGUUUAGAAGCUGCAGACCGAGCUGAUGGAAGUUUGUAGGAGCUCUUAGGUUACUAGAAGCAACAAGCUUCUUCAAUUGGUUAAGCAACGAUUUUUUGAAAUUUGGUGGAAGAUAUUUCUGCUCAUCUUCAAUGAACUUCGUAGCAGAAAGCUUGAAAGAAAGUUAUUUCUAUCUCUUCUCCUUCUUCAUUUUUAGUUUUUCUGGAGAGAAAGGAAAAAUGCAAAAGAAUGAUGAAUAGAACGUAUAGAAAUGUAGUGAACUUGCUUAACCCAACCUCUCGAUUCCCUCCCCUGAAAUCAUCCAUUGAAUCGCUCUGUAAUGCCAAAAGGCUUACGGGAGCUCUAAGACUUGCUUUUGACAACCCCAUCGAAGCAGACUAUACUAUUUAUUCAAAUAUAAUUCAGCUUUGCAUUGACUUAAAAGCUCAUAAGCAGGGUCGUUUGGUUCACUCCCAUCUUAUAACUAAUGGGUUUCCUUCAAAUGUUCAUUUGGGAACCAAGUUGAUAAUUUUAUACACAAUGUCUGGUGACAUGGUGUCCGCCCGCAAGAUGUUUGAUAAAUUGCCUGAAAGGAAUGUGGUUUCAUGGACUGCACUUUUAUCUGGGUACUCUCAGAAUGGGUAUUCAAAAGAAGCCCUUGAUGUGUUUGUUGCUAUGCGUAGGGAAGGGGUGAGGGCAAAUCAGUUUACUUAUGGAAGUGUCUUGAGGGCGUGCACUAGUGUGUCAUGUAUGACUUUAGGAAAUCAAAUACAAGGGUGCAUUCAGAAGAGCAGGUUUGUGGAUAAUUUAUAUGUACAGAGUGCGUUGGUUGAUUUUAAUUCCAAGUGCGGAGAAAUGGAGGAUGCUUUUUGUAUAUUUGAGUCAAUGGCAGAGAGGGAUUUGGUUUCUUGGAAUGUCAUGAUUUCUGGAUAUGCUUUUCGAGGUUAUAGCAUUGAUGCAUUCCUGCUGUUCCGUUGGAUGUUCAGACAAGGUAUACUUCCCGAUUGCUUCACAUUGGGAAGUGUCCUCAAAGCAUCUGUAGGAAGUGGCAAGUGUUGUGGACUAGUGAAAAUCAGUAUGAUACAUGGAUGUAUCAUUCGACUUGGUUAUGGGUCAUUUAGUAUUAUUAGUGGAGCGUUAGUUGAUGCCUAUGUGAAAUGUGGAAACCUGGCUAAUGCAAGUUAUAUAUACAAGAAGAUGCAGAACAAAGACAUGAUUUCAUGCACUGCGCUAAUUACUGGAUACGCACGUGAAGGUAAAAAUAUAAAUGAGUGCCUGGAACUCUUUUGUCAAUUACAUCGGAAUCAUAGGGAAAUUGAUAGCAUUAUUUUAUGCUCUAUGAUCAGCAUAUGUGCCAAUACAGCGUCACUGUCUUUGGGGAGACAACUACAUGCUAUUGCGAUCAAAUAUAAGAGCACUCUUGAUGUGGCGAUGAGUAAUGCUUUGGUUGAUAUGUACGCAAAAACAGGAGAAAUUGAAGAUGCCAACAAUGUUUUUCAGCACAUGACAGAGAAAAAUGUAAUAUCGUGGACGUCGAUGAUCUCUGCAUAUGGUAUGCAUGGUCGAGGAGUCGAUGCAGUUUCAUAUUUUAAGAAGAUGGAGUGUGAAGGCUUUGAGCCAAACGAUAUAACAUUCUUGUCUCUCCUGUUUGCUUGUAGUCAUAAUGGGUUGACUGCUGAAGGAUGGGAAUGUUUCAGUAAGAUGGUUAGAAAGUAUAAAAUUGUUCCAAGAGAUGAGCAUUACUCUUGCCUAGUGGACAUUUUUGCACGCAGCGGUUGUUUGAAUGAAUCAUAUGAUUUGAUUUGCACGAUGAAUAUAAAGCCUAGUGCCUCUCUUUGGGGUUCAGUUCUUGGGGCAUGUAGCAUACAUGGCAAUAUGGACCUUGGAAAGGUAGCAGCCAAGCAUUUGUGUAAUAUUGAACCUACGAAUGCUGUUAGCUAUGUGGUUCUAGCAAGUAUGUAUUCUGCAGCUGGCUUAUGGGAUAGCGCUUGGAAGGCACGAGAUGUGGUUCAAACUAGAAGGUUACCAAAAGAUCCUGGUUACAGCCUUUUUCAUUCUGGCAAUGAUAUGGUAGCACUUCUACCAGCUGGCUGAUACAUGAAAAUAAUCCAGAUCUUUUUUGUAAUGUUUCAUACUACCUGGAUUUUUCGAAAGUAAGUUUCGGUAGUUACGGUUUCAGCGUGCAGUGAUGAUGCAAUGAAGCUAUGAAUAGGUAUUCGUUCUUACCCGCUUGAUCGCUUAUGCUUCUUACAUAUCUAAGUUUUGGUAGUUAUGGUUUCAGCGUACAGUGAUGAUGCAAUGAAGCUAUGAAUAGGUGAAAGCUGAUUUGACCGAUGGAUCAGCUAAACUAGCCAAUGCCAUUGGUGAUGAUUCUGAUGUGGUAAUAUCUGGUACAGGUUUCCAGCCUUCGUGGAAAUUGUUGGCACCUUGGAAGGUUAGUCAACUUCAAUACCCAAAAUAGUAGUCUUUACAGAUCCUUUACACGUGAUCUUGAUGAUUUUAUGAUAGGCUUGCUAGCAAUGCAACGUCUUUUUAAGGUUUCAGUACUGAAAUUUUAGUCUUAUUAAGUAUGAAUCUGCAAGAACAUGUUGGUGAAUUUUAUAUGGAAUACAUGAUCUUUUGGAGAGACGUCAUCUUAAAAGUUUUUCAAUGCCCAGAAAAGGAAAAUGUAAAAGAAGUGACCAACCUCAUAGCAACUGGAAUUCAAUUUUGUCGCUUAAUGAUUUUUCUAGUUUCUGAAUCGGCAAUCAAGCAAGUAUCCCUCUUGAUGAUUAUAGUUGCUAUGAUGGUGGUACUACUUAAUGUUUUGUUUAUUUGUUUUUCUUAUUUACUCUAGUACACCUCCUCUUGGCUCCCUUUAGCCAAGUGCGAGGUAGUUGCGACUAUUCAAACUCAUAAAGCUUUAAUCUCAAUUUUUUACUAUUAUGUCAACGUUUUCUGGCAUCAAGAGAUUUAUCUUCAUCAUGUAGUUUGAUGGAUGAAAAGAGGAUGGUGCAUGUGGAGUGAACAUCUUGAACGCAUUUUAUUCUCCUACUCCUAUUUUAUUGUUUCCUUUUCAAUUUCAUGUUUACUCAUCUGCAGAUUUUUGAAAGAUUCUUACGACAACCAUAACAAAAACAUCAUGAAACUUGAUGUAUUCCUUCCCCAUCCAUUAACUACAGUGGAUGUCAUGUGAUGGAGGUUUUGUUAAAGAAAGUUGUGUCUCCAAUAGCUAAAAGUUAGUGCUAGUGCAUUUGACAGACCAAUCUUUGAACUUUCACUCUGGAGCUUCUUUCUGGAGUUAAGUUGAAGUAGAGAUUACUGUAUCAGCUCUUAAGCUCUACCCUCUUUAGUCUUUAGCUUUCACGUGGGAUCUAAAAGUAUUAGUUGAAGAAAUAAAUAUGGUGCUUGGCAAGUCUAUUCAAAGAAAUGCUCCAAAAGCAUUAGUUGAGAAUGAUUUUGUAAAAAUGGCUGAAUUCUGCGAUGUUGCUUUGAGAUUGGCCCUUACCAUCAAGGCUGAUACCAAAGAGAAGCGUACACUCUCUUCAGCUUCUAUUAUCGUAUCAAAGCUGGAGGAAGAGGCUUCAAACGAGAGUUCUAAUGUGAAGAAAAAAGAAGGAACUGCAAAAAUGCAGAUUUUAAAGAAAGGAGAAAAGGGCAGCUAGGUAAAGAGGAAGAGAGAAAAGGUACAACAAUCAGAUGAAAAAGUAAUGCUCUUGUUGAGAGUCGAACUCAAGACCUCCCGCUUACUAAACGGGUGCUCUAACCAACUGAGCUACAAGAGCUGCCCAUGCUAAACUCGUAAAAGUGAUUUUGUUAACAAAACAAAGAAAUUUAGGAAACAUGUGCGGACAUCUCAAGUAAAAUAAAAACUUGGUUUACCAUGCAAAAUUUUAAA